CUGUGUGGGAUGUGUCCUGAAAUGAGAAGUGCCUGUACCAAUAAAGCAUGUCCGGUGCCCUCAGGUCAUCCUGGCUGUGUGGAAAUGGACAGGGAGCUCAGGGGCAGCUGUCAUGAUUACAAGUCACUAUAGUGCAGAAUACUGCUAUGUGGGAUGUCACUGUGUGGGAUGUCACUAUGUGGGGUGCUGCUGUGAGUCAUCAGGGUGUGGGUUGUGAGGGACGUGGCUGUGGGAGGUCAUGGCUAUGCAGGACAACUCAGUGCGGCACAUAGCUGUGCGGGUCACUAUCCCGCUUGACCCUUCAGCAACACGUACUCCAGCCCCACACCUCCCACAUGCCCCCACAUCGCGCAGAGCCCACGGCUGCCGCUGUCCGGGCAGAGAGGGCCGGGCAGGGAAGGGCCGGGCAGAGCCUCCCCUGCCGCCACCCCCCCGCCCCGCCGCCCGCCUGCCUGCCCAGCCCGCCCCGCGCCGCCGGGUGUCGGUGGAGGUCGUCGGGGCUAUGGGCGGCGCGGCGCUGAGCGGAGCGCUGUGCUUGGGGCUGCUGUGGCGGCUGUUGGCCGGGGCCAACGGGAGCUGCUCGGAGCGGUGCUGCCAGGGCCGGGACGCCGCGUGUGUCAGCAGCGGCUGGAGGGAGGACGGGGGCUACGGGAGCUGCUACUGCGACGCAGGAUGCCGGCGCACCCGGGAUUGCUGCCACGACCACAGCCAAGCGUGCCCGGCUCAUCCAUGUGUCGUGGGGGAGUGGAGUCAUUGGAGUGGCUGUGCUGAACAAUGUAAACCCAGUCUGCGAAUACGUAGGCGCUAUGUGCAACAGGAACCUACAAAUGCUGGGGAACCUUGUCCUGCUCUGGAGGAGAAGGCUGGCUGCUUGGAAUACCUGACUUAUCAGGGGCAGGACUGUGGACAUGAACAUGUUCCCGCUUUCAUAACUACCUCUGAAUAUGGUAAAGAAAGAAAACUGAGAGCAGCAUCAUCCCCCUGGCCCUCUGACAAAGAAACUGGAUACUGUGUAGAAUUUAAAACAGAAUCACUUUCCCAUUACUGUGCUUUGGAGACUCGGCCGUAUGCUCGAUGGAUGCAGUACCUCCGAGAAGGACAUACUGUUUGUGUAGCUUGCCAGCCUCCAGCUAUGAACACUGACACACACCGUUGUUCCGGAGAUGGCCAUAAUGCAGAUGGAGGUAAAAUCUUACACUGGGAAGCAGUUGGCAACUCUCGGUGCCAAGGAACCUGGAAGAAGAUUCGGCAACUGGAGCAGUGCUCGUGUCCCCUUGUGCACAGUUUUAUUUUUACGUAAGAGUUUAAAAGACCUUUAAACAGCAUCAGGAAAAAAGAAUUGAGAAAAUUAGCACAAGUGCCAAGAAACCCACAUCUUUGUCUGUAUUUUGUGGAGACUAAAUGAACUUUAAAGGAGUUAAGCCUCUGGAACAAGCAUUUUUGGGUACUCUUUUUGCCUUAAUAGAAAACACUGACAAUUGUAUUUGAAUGCUGUAAGCAAAUUUCCGUAUUUCUCUUCUGUGAUUAAAGAGCAAAUGUUUCUAACUGUAGUAGCUUCUUUUCCUAAGGUUCUUGUUCUUCACAGGCUAUACCCCUGUGUACAGGCAUUGAUCCUAUUCAGCAGUGAGCCAGCCAAACAUUCUCAAGUCUGGAAAUAGUUACUGUCAUCAUUAAGUUGUAAUGGGUAAAUAAAAAUGAAAGUUUGAGAGCUAAAACCAGACUUCAGUUUAGAUCCUUUGUUCCUUCCCAAUAUCAUCUAGACAGUGGUUUUAUAGUAUGAAUGCGUAAGUAUUUCUUUGUCUACAUUGCAGUUUCCCUGCUUAGUCACCCUCAUAAAAAUACGAGACUAGUCAGUGUUGUUAAUGAAGUAGCCUUGUUAAGAACUCCACAUCACUAGCAUACAGCGUGAAUUUUAUGGCAGACAAACCUAAACAAGACUUCCAUAAAUAAAGUCUUGAAGAGACUCAUUUCCUUAAUGAACGGUAAUUUAUUGUAAACUGCCUUGAGUACGAUUGUAUUACAGCAAUUAGCAAGCUACAACAACAAUCUUACAUACAGGAAU